ACCCUUCAGAAAACACCUUCAUCCCGCCAAUUUACUUCUGUAGUAUUUCUUUUAGCUCAAGUUUAAUUAAAUUUUAAACACUAAAGAAUAAAUUAAAGAGAGUAUUAUUAAAUAACCUCACCUGGUGUUGAUUAUAAAUAGGUAAAACAACUCGUUUAUCAAAUCAUUCAAAAUGCCGGCCAAACGAGGCAGACCAAAGAAGCAGGGAAAUGAUGCAAGUCAGGAAAAUGAAGAAAAGAAGGAAACAACCCAAAAAAAGAUGAAAAGAGAUUCAGAUUCAGAUGAGGAAGUUAAAGAAGAAGAGCCUGCAUCGAAAAAAGCUAAAACAGAAACAAAGGACACCAAACCAAUGGUGAACAAAACUGAUUCAGACUUGAGUACAAUUGAUUUCUCAUGCAAAAAACUUAAUGCGGAUGGAGAAGCUUAUAAUAUUAAAAUUUGUUCCUGGAAUGUGUCUGGCAUUAGGGCUGUAAUUAAAAAAAAUGGAUUCAAAUACAUCAAAGAAGAAGAUGCGGACAUUGUUCUUUUGCAAGAAGUAAAAUGUAAUAAUGCUAGUUUACCAAAUGAAGUUAAGUUACCGGGAUAUGAACGAUACUUUUUGGACAGUAAGAAACAAGGAUACUGUGGCAUGGCAUUUUUCUCGAAAAUUAAGCCAAUUAAAGUGAUUUACGGUUUGCAAAAUUCUAAUUUUGAUCACGAGGGUAGAAUUAUCACAGCAGAGUAUGAAAAUUUUUACGUAAUUAAUGUCUAUGUCCCUAAUUCUGGCAGUAAAUUAGUAAAUUUACAGAAGCGAUUAGAUUGGAACAUGACAUUUAAAGAACACGUGCUAAAAUUAGACAACAAAAAACCAGUUAUCAUUUGUGGAGAUAUGAACGUUGCCCAUGAGGAAAUAGAUUUAACGAAUCCGAAAACAAAUACAAAAAAUGCUGGUUUCUCGCCUGAGGAAAGAGAAGGAAUGACAGAAUUUCUCAAGGAAGGUUUUGUCGAUACAUUCAGAGCAUUGUAUCCCGAUAAGACAGGCGCUUAUUCGUUUUGGUCGUAUUUUAGAAAUGCGCGUGACAAAAAUAUUGGAUGGAGACUGGAUUACUUCAUUGUUUCCGAACGCAUUAAAAAUAAGAUUUGUGAUAACGUGAUGAGAGACAAGGUUUAUGGAAGUGAUCAUUGUCCUAUUAUUCUCUAUGCUACUUUGUAAAUCAUUGUUUCACAAUGUCUUUGUGUUUCAUAGUUUCUAAUCCAUAUUUCUUCGAAAUGUUCUUUUUAAUUUUGUAAUAAAAACAAUAAAAUUGGCAAAGUCCUAUAAUA